GCACCUUGAACCUCUCCAGUCGCCUCCAUUCUGUCAUCGCCCGGCGUCUUCCUGCAGGAUGGAGGAUUUGGCUGGAAGGUUGUGUGAAGCAGUGGAGAAUGAAGACGCCAAAGAGGUUGAAGAUCUCUUGCAAUGUGGAGCAGACCCAAAUCUAGUUCUUCCCAAUGGUAUUGCAGCUAUUCACCUUGCUUCAGGAAAGGAGAGUGAGUGUGCCCUGAGAUGUUUGACGCUGAUUUUGCAACAUGGUGGAAAUCCUAAUGUCAGAUCUACAGACGAUCUAACCCCAGUACAUGUGGCAGCUUCAUGGGGAUGUUGUAAGGCUCUUCUCUUCUUACUGCGGAAAGGGGGUGAUCCUUCUAUUCAGGAUCAGGAUGGGAAUACAGCAUUAGACCUGGCCUUAAUGGAGAAUAACAGGAGGUGUGUUGUUGCUCUUCAGGAAUUCAAAGAAAGGAUCCCUGGUGGAUGCGCAGAUAGUCACAAGAAUUAUUCCACUGCACCUGAUGAUAUCACAGAAAUGAGCUGCAUCUCUCUACUUCUUGAGCCGACCUAUGAAAACUCUCCACUAAGCAGUACCAAAAUCUCUCCUAUGUUGAUUUUUCCUAAAACUUUAAAUCCACUGAGCCACAUGGAUGAUGCAGUAAUAUCAAGUCAAGCAGAAAUGCCAUACUUGCAUACAAAAAAUGAAUCCAGAAAACGAGAAUUAGGGUGUAGCUUCAAAAGCAUUAGUGAUGAAUGUGAGUUAAACCCAGCGGAAGCAAAAGAAGCAGUUCCUGGCAGAAGUUUAUCACAAAGUGGUCACUGUACUGAAUACUUUUCUACUCAGGUGGGAUCUGACUUGACCUUAGAUAACUCAUCUAUAAGUAAAAAGACUCACACUUUAGUUGAUUAUAACUGGGAAAAUACUAGAAAUACAGUAAGUCAUUCAGUAUCUCUGGAUAUCGAUUCAGCAGUACAGCAACAUUUUAAAAGUCAUAGAGAAGUAGACAUGGUUUGUGAGAAACUGGAAGCAUUAGAUGUGACCUCUCCUGACCAUGUUUACACCUACAACAAAGAACACAGCAAGGAGAACAUGGAAAAGACUUUGAUUUUGGUUAGUAAUGUAUCUGAAUGUAAAAUCUUGGCAGCAAAGGAAACCUGUUGUAGGAGUAAUUAUAGUGACUGUAACACAAGCCUGUGGGAUAGUGGUCAUAGAAGGUGGGGCUCGAAUGGAAUGGACAGCAUCUACGAUUCAGGGGAUGCAACAGUACUUUCUAAUAGAUAUGAUUGUAAAACCAUGAAUGCACAUAGUUCGGGACUUGUAGCUAAAGAAGAUUUGCAAGCAGUGGAAAAUGAAAGGUUAACAGGUGCUAGCACACAAAUAGUAAAUAGUCAAUGCAACAGAACACAUACAGUAGAGUGUACAAAUAAAACCAUAAGAACCUCAGAAGUGCAGUUCACUUCACAAUCUUCCACUGUGCCUAUUGAAAACACUAGUGAACAUGAUGGCCAGGAUUUGCAGAUUCAUUUAAGGGACUUAUUAUUGUCUACCAAAGCUUGCCAUAAGACUGGGUCACAAGCAGUAUGUGCUAACACUAUUAUUCCAGUAAGUGGUGAAACAAGAUCACCAAACCAGAAAGAUGCCAGUUACUCCUCCUCUUCUACUAUCUCUGAAGGUAAUUGUUUUGUAGAAUACCAUGAAGGACGUGUAAACGAAACAGGAGAUUCUGAUCUGCAGCAAGACCUUAAAAAAAUGAUGCUUGCAACUAAGAACUCUCUUUCACCAGCCAUAGCGAAUGAGGACAAAAGCCCCUUCUUUACCCCACGUUCUAAAAGCAGACUCCGCACUUUCAAAGUUCAUCAGAAUAGUUCUUCACUCUUCGAUGACUCUAUGGAAAUGCCGAAACGAGGCAGGCGGGUAAGGAGUCCAGGUGGCCUGGCAUCUCCCACACACAAUCUUCCACCAGAUGAAUUUCUGCCUAGAACGAGUUCAUACUCCCCUAGUGUGACAUAUGAUCCGAUUAAACAGGCAGAUACAUGUGAUCAUGCAAAAGAUUCACCAGAGUUGACCUUGACCAAAAAAAUUCCACAGUAUCAUGGAGAAAACCUUUCUGAAGCAGAAGCUACCAUCAGUAUCACCAACUUUCUUACAGAUGACCUUUCUUCAGAGACAGAAGAAAAAUCUUGCCUGCCUUUAAAGCAAGCCAAUAGCAAUCAUGGUGGUGAUGGUGGGUUUUCUGACAGUGCAUGGCUAACAGAAGAUGGGGAAUCUGAGAUUAGUGGAGUUGCUGCUCAUAAAAAGAGGAACGUUUGUUCUACCACAGAGGAGAAAUCGUUACCUGCAUCUUUAUCGAAUAGAUCUUUUUUUCAUAGUACAUUAUUAGAAGACACAGUUGUGAAUAGUUGCAAACCUCCACGUUACAGCUUUAGUAGAAUUUCUUUAAUCCCACGAGUUGAUGGAAGUACUGUGUCUUGUCUAAGAACACUCUAUGAUUCUGCCAGUCAGGAAAUGCCAUUAUCACCUGGUGGACGCCCUGUAAAUGUAAGCCAAGUAGAGCCAGUGGAAUAUGUCUAUAAGGAUAAUGAAAAAGGACAUGUACUCAUCGAAAAACAUAUGCCAUCUAUAGACCAUUUCAAGACAGAUGCUGCAGAAACUUCAGAAAAUACUAUAGUAUAUGACUGGAGAAACUAUAAGAUUAAUACAAUAACCAUAAACAAGGCCUCUUCUGUAAGUUCACCUAAUCGAGUGGCUGUGGAACUCUACAGAUUAUCUAAUGAUGAUAUUGCCAGCAGAUUGCGGGGAUUUGGGGAAGACCCCGGACAAGUAACCAGCCAGAAUCGGAAGACGUGUAUCUUAUUAUUAGACAAAUGUUUAAAAGAACAGACUUCAAAUAGACCAAUGGGUUUGUCCAUUAAGUAUAGCCCAGAACUCUCUUUAGCCCUACACACAUUUAACAUUUCAGACUGCAGCAAAGAUGAGGCAGAGAUUUCGCGAGAAUUUGACCAACCAGAUAAAACGCGAAAAUGGAGAGAGGGAGUCUUAAAAUCUAGUUUUAAUUACUUAUUGUUGGAUCCAAGGGUCACUCGAAAUCUGCCAUCUCGAUGUCGUGAUAUAUCUCCACAUGAUUGCUUUCGUACUUUUGUCAGCUCUGUUUUUUACGUGGGAAAAGGAAAGCGAUCUCGACCAUACUGUCAUCUAUAUGAGGCACUUACUUACUACAAGGGCAGCUGCAAGAAGCCUUGUUCUAAAGUUCAGCACAUUGUAGAUAUCUGGAAGAGUGGCCAGGGUGUGCUGUCUCUGCACUGUUUCCAGAACACCAUCCCAGUGGAAGCUUACACAAGAGAAGCCUGCAUGGUGGAUGCCAUUGGUUUAAAAAUGCUAACCAAUCAAAAGAGAGGGAUAUACUAUGGUCAAGCCCAAAACUGGUCAUCCACACGCCAACAGCGUCUUGGAGUGCACAUACUUUUUAAAGCGAUGCAGAUUUUCCUGGCUGAAGGAGAGAGACAGCUGAGGCCACCAGACAUACGCUCAGGACAGUGAUACAAGGGACACCAUUGGUGAAGUGAAACUAUAUCAACGUUUUGUACGCUGGA